GAAGAUUCGGUUUAAUGCUGCAGAGUGCGCUGCUGCCGCUCUCGAAGGUCGCGAGCGUAUCACUUGUAGAAGUGGUAGAAGAAGAAGCUCGAACGGAAGUAGAGGAGGAGACAAAACAAAGAGCAACAUCUGCAUCUGCAUAAUUGUAACUGAAAAUUACGCUGAUUUUUCGUCAUGUCUGAUGAGGUGGGCGGAGUAGAGCACGGCGCACCGGAUGAGAAGGAUGAGGAGCAAAGAGAGGAAAAGGGAGGCUAUAAAGAUGGAGAACGAGGACUUACAGUAGCGGUCGCAGCAGUAGGAAGAGCACACGGCGAUAAGGGAACAAGUUACACGCCUCUUUAUUGCGUCUGCAGGAAACCAGACAUCAACUGUUUUAUGAUAGGGUGUGACAGCUGUGCCGAGUGGUUUCAUGGAGACUGUAUCGGAGUGUCAGAAAAGGCAGCUAAGUCCAUUCGUGUCUGGUACUGUCCGUCCUGUAGAGACAAAAACACAAGUCUGGAGAUAAAGUACCGUCCAAAGAAAAAUAAAGAACAGGAGGAGAAAGAGGUUGGUCCAGAGAUAGAUGACAUGUAUGAUGAAGAACAAGGUUCCAACCCCCAAUCUAGGGCUGACAAGAGGCGUGUUUCACAGAUCAAACGUUCUGCGCGUAUGUGCGGGGAGUGUGACGCUUGCCUUCGGACAGAGGACUGUGGUCAGUGUGAUUUUUGUAAAGACAUGAAGAAGUUUGGAGGUCCAAACAAAAUUCGACAGAAAUGUCGUUUGCGCCAGUGUGAGGUCCGAGCACGGGUGAGUCCUGAAACAACGAAGAAGAUGCUUCGAAUCAAAGAUGAGGAGUUAAGUCAUAGUAGUUACGGCAAGGGGCGCAGUCUAUCAAAGAGAUGGGCAGAGGAGUACAUGGAAGAGGACGAACUAGAGGAGGAGGAGGAGGAACCAGAAGAAGAAGAGGAGGGAUUUAGUGAGAGUGAGCUGGAGCUGUAUGAACAGUACAAAGCAGCAGGAUAUGUUGACCUGGUUUGGCAAAGCGAGGAAGAGGAUGCUCAGGUUGAUGCUCUGAGGAAGAAGGCGGUAAAGGUGAAACACGUUAAGAGGCGAGAGAAGAAGCCCGAAAAGAAGAAAACAGUGUCUGUCCCAAAAGAAGAAGCAAAGCCUCGGCGUCAUAAAGCCAAACAGCGUCACCGUGAGCGCGUGCGACACAGUGAGCGCUCAGUAGAAGGUGGAGUCAAAGAUGUAGGCGGGGCCAUGAAACAGUGCCUGGGUCCUGGAUGUGUGGAAAUGGCUAGAUCAAACUCUAAAUACUGUUCUGACGAGUGUGGAAUGAAGCUUGCUGCCAAUCGUAUCUAUGAGAUCCUACCUCAGAGGAUCCAACAGUGGCAGCAGAGUCCCUGUGUAGCAGAGGAAAUGGGGCGUAGACAGCUGGAGCGAAUCCGGAGAGAGCAGCAGGCGGCCAGGCUUCGCCUCACACAGAUGGAGAAACGGUUUCUCGAGCUGGAGGGAAUCAUUGCCAACGCUAAACUGCAGCACGUCCAGCAGCAGGAGGAGGUGACAGAAGGUGAUGGUGAAGACACGGACCUCCAAAUCUUUUGUGUGUCUUGCAGCCACCCUAUCAAUCCUAAAGUGGCACUAAGACACAUGGAGAGGUGCUACACUAAGUUUGAGAGCCAGACGUCAUUUGGGUCCAUGUACCCAACACGUAUAGAGGGAGCCACCAGGUUGUUCUGCGAUGUCUACAACCCUCAGAGUAAGACAUACUGUAAAAGGCUGCAGGUCUUAUGUCCUGAGCACUCCAGGGAUCCAAAGGUCCCAGCUGACGAGGUGUGUGGCUGUCCACUGGUCAAAGAUGUCUUUGAGCCGACAGGUGAAUUCUGUCGCAUAUCCAAAAGGAAGUGUAACAAACAUUACUGCUGGGAGAAACUGAGACGAGCAGAGGUGGAUCUGGAGCGAGUACGAGUGUGGUACAAGCUGGAUGAGCUGUUUGAGCAGGAGAGAAACCUGAGGACAGCCAUGACCAACAGAGCUGGACUGUUGGCUCUGAUGCUUCACCAGACUAUUCAACAUGAUCCGAUCACAACUGACCUGAGGACAGCCAAGGACAGGUAGACAGGUUUAGACAGACAGACAGGAGAAGAUACAUGCACACUUUUAUACGUACCUGUGAAAACACUAAAAAUGAGAUUUCUAAAACAAACACAAUGCAUCAAACUAAGUUCCAGCCUUUAUAACAUCAAGAGAAUAUAUAUAUAAAUAUAUAUAUAUAUAUACAUACAAACUUCCUUUGUUUUUUCUGCAGUGGAAUAAUAUGGAAUAGUGUGCAGCCUUUGUGUAAUGGGCAUCUACCUAAAGCUGCACACUUAGCUGUUGCUGCAGUUCUACUUCCUCUGUUCUUUUCUGUGAGUCAUUCAUGUUGUUGGCGUGAAAAACAUAAUCAGUGACUAGUUAAUAUCAAGCUGUAAACGUCAUUGUGAAGCAGCAAAGUUGACUAGCACAUUAGUUUAUACAACACUAAGCGUGUGUGUGUGUGUGUGUGUGUGUGUGUGUUUUUCAGCACCAGCUUUACAGUAUUAAAAGAAAAACUCAAUCCGUCAGUGCAGUAAGCCCAAUGAACAUUUUCUUUUAAGUCCACCAUGUUAGCUUUUACUACUUUUUACUACUUACUUGUGCAUACGUUUUACAUGGUAAGCUAAUAACUAUUGUAUAUGGUUUAUAUAUUUCACAUUAUCAUUCCAUAGAAACAAAAUAAACAAACUCCACCCCA